AGUCAAGAGGCGGGGAGGAGAGGAGGAAAAAGCGCUGAGUGAGGGCGGGCGGGAGUGGAGGAGCCGGGGAGGGGCUCCUUAAAGAAACGCUGCAGUCGCUCGCCUGCUCGCUUCUCGCUCGGCAUUGUGGCCAGCCAACCGGGCAGUCGGGGGGCACGCGCGGCCGCCGCUCGAGCUCUGCCCCCACCCCACCCGCCAGCAGAUCUGGGGUGGGGACCCAGGCGGGGGCUCCUGCAGCCACUGCCUGGUGCGGACCGCACGGAGCGACCCACUCCUCCCGGCACGGAGAAAGGAGCAACGGAGCCCUCCGCAGCCGGCCGGCCUCCCCACUCCUGACCACCCGCUUCCCGGCUGCCUUUGUGGUCGUAGCUUCUCGCCGCCGAGUCGAGGGCCGGUGGGGGCGCGGCGCGCACGGCCGAGCGAUGCCCAGCUCGCUGUUUGCAGACCUGGAGCGCAACGGCAGCGGCGGCGGAGGGGGAGGCGGCGGCGGGGGAGGCGGCAGCAGCAGCGGCGGGGGAGAGACCCUGGAUGACCAAAGAGCCCUGCAGCUCGCGCUCGAUCAGCUUUCGCUGCUGGGGCUGGACAGUGACGAGGGCGCCUCUCUCUACGACAGCGAGCCGCGCAAGAAGAGCGUGAACAUGACCGAGUGCGUGCCAGUGCCCAGUUCCGAGCAUGUCGCCGAGAUCGUGGGGCGGCAAGGUUGUAAAAUCAAAGCGCUGCGGGCGAAGACCAACACUUACAUCAAGACCCCGGUUCGCGGGGAGGAGCCUGUCUUUGUUGUGACUGGCAGGAAGGAGGAUGUGGCUAUGGCUCGGAGGGAGAUCAUCUCCGCUGCGGAGCACUUCUCCAUGAUCCGCGCCUCCCGGAAUAAGAACACGGCUCUCAAUGGGGCGGUGCCCGGGCCGCCCAACCUGCCCGGGCAGACCACCAUCCAGGUGCGGGUGCCCUACCGCGUGGUGGGGCUCGUGGUGGGCCCGAAGGGCGCCACGAUCAAGCGCAUCCAGCAGCAGACGCACACGUACAUCGUGACGCCCAGCCGCGACAAGGAGCCGGUGUUUGAGGUGACCGGCAUGCCGGAGAACGUAGACCGGGCUCGCGAGGAGAUUGAGGCGCAUAUCGCCCUGCGCACUGGCGGCAUCGUUGAACUUACAGACGAGAACGACUUCCACGCCAACGGCACGGAUGUGGGCUUCGACCUGCACCAUGGGUCCGGCGGGUCCGGCCCGGGCAGCCUCUGGAGCAAGCCCACCCCCAGCAUCACGCCCACCCCUGGCCGCAAGCCCUUCUCUAGCUACCGCAACGACAGCUCCAGCUCGCUUGGCAGCGCCUCCACAGACUCUUACUUCGGCGGGGGUACCAGCAGCAGCGCAGCCGCCACCCCGCGCCUGGCGGAUUACAGCCCCCCUAGCCCCGCUCUCAGCUUCGCCCACAACGGAAACAACAACAACAACGGCAGUGGGUACACCUACACAGCGGGGGAAGCCUCUGUGCGGUCCCCCGACGGCUGUCCGGAGCUGCAGCCCACCUUCGACCCAGCUCCUGCCCCUCCUCCUGGGGCGCCACUCCUCUGGGCUCAGUUCGAGCGGUCCCCGGGAGGCGGACCUGCAGCUCCUGUGUCCUCUUCCUGCUCUUCCUCGGCAUCUUCGUCCGCUUCGUCUUCCUCUGUAGUCUUUCCCGGGGGCGGUGCCACUGCGCCCUCCAACGCCAACCUGGGGUUGUUGGUGCAUCGACGGCUGCACCCGGGCACCAACUGCCCGCGCCUGUCCCCGCCCUUGCACAUGGCUCCGGGGGCAGGCGAGCACCACCUGGCUCGCCGCGUGCGCAGCGACCCGGGCGGAGGGGGCCUGGCCUACGCCGCCUAUGCCAAUGGGCUGGGGGCGCAGCUGCCUGGCCUGCAGCCUUCGGAUACAUCCGGCUCCUCCUCGUCCUCCAGCUCCUCCUCCAGCUCUUCAUCCUCCUCCUCCGGGCUGCGCCGGAAGGGCAGCCGCGACUGCUCUGUGUGCUUCGAGAGUGAAGUGAUUGCCGCGUUGGUGCCCUGCGGCCACAACCUCUUCUGCAUGGAGUGCGCCAACCGCAUCUGCGAGAAGAGUGAGCCCGAGUGCCCGGUGUGCCACACCGCGGUCACUCAGGCCAUCCGCAUCUUUUCUUGAAGGCAGCGCGCGCUUGCGCGCACUGCGCUGGGGAAGGGGCACCCCCUCUCCUGCAUCCUCACUCCCCAGCGCCUGUCCACCUCCCUGGUGCCCCACCUUCUUCUCCCCUCUCUGCUCACACUUUGAGAUCCAGAGGAGCUUGGAAAGCUGUAGUAUCCGCUCAUUUUUAAAUUUAAAUUUUUAAACAAAGGAACUUGCCAGGAUGUCUGCCUCAGGAGUACUGUAGCCUGGGAAGCCUCUGAACCACCUGAAAUGCAUGCUCUAUAAAUAAUAGGAACGACGACAUUCUAGUAAUGAUAGUUUUUACACUGUACUUAAUAGGAAGCUUUCAAAAGAAGAAAACCCCGCAAGUUUUCCAUUUUCUUAAAGUAGGAAAAAAGAACAAUAAUUAUUAUGAAGAAGAUGAUGAUAAUAAUAGUGCUUAUGGGAUGUGUGGACUGUUUAGUGUGUCCCCCUCUGUCGGUGGGUUCCUAUGAUGCUUAUUAUAGAACACAGUGGAUCCUUUUUGAAUGUUCGUGGAAGGGCCAGGAGUUCCUGUGACACCAGGAUACUGCAGCUUUAUUAAAGUUAAAGAAACUGUAACAUAUCUCUUAUAUAUUAAAAAACGUUUAAAAGUUUUAAAGAGAAAU